AUGGAUCGUUACACCUCCAACCAAGGAAAAGUGGUAUGGUUUUGGGGCAGUGAGAAUACACUUAGCAGCAAUGACCUGGAAAUUGAAUGGGGGGAAUGCUUGGCUAUGAUAGAGAAGGUCAAUAUACAGUUGAAGUCUGACAUUUGGCUUUGGAAGACAGGUGCAGAGGCAGAAGAAUUUAUGGUCAGUAAGCUUAGAUCGGAGUUGGAUCGCAUCGACACUAUGAACGAGACAAGAGUUAUCAAAUGGCUACACUGGAUCCCGAAGAAAGUAAACUGUUUCCUUUGGAGGUUGGUUCUUGACCGAUUAACAACAAGAGAAGCCCUACAAUUGAGACAUAUUCCACUCACUUCCAUUAGCUGCCCUUUCUGCAACAAUGCGGUGGAAUCGGUAAAUCACUUAUUGGUAUCUUGUGACUUGGCCCAACAGAUUUGGACUGUGAUAUUCCAGUGGACGAAAUUGUCCCUACCAAGGUACACUCUAAGUGUUGUGCAAUUACUUGAACUCAUCCUCUCGCAUAAAUGUAAUAAGAUCAAGAAAAGAAGUUUAUAUGUGGUCGUGGCGGCAACUUGCUGGAAAAUAUGGCUGACAAGGAACGACAUCAUCUUCAAGCAAAAGUCAACAUCGGUGUCGAAAAUGAUAGCUGACAUCAAAGCGGUUUCGUUUACAUGGAUCAACAACCGAGCCGGACUCUCGGACCUUGGAUGGGAUAAUUGGAGGUCUUUUAAUUUUUAA